UGUAGGCCACAAGCCAAUAGAACGCACACCGGCAAGCCGCUAGAGGUAGAGAAUAGAUGGAAAGACUCGGUUCAACAACCACAUCCGCUCCUUCCUUUCUCCUAAAGUGCCAACAUACCAACUCCACCACCAAAAGUAAAAGUGACGAAACCGUCUUAUAAUAAUAAUUAGCCAAGAAACCUUCGCAAACUUUGCCAUUUCUUUGUUAUCUUCGUCGAGAGGGAGAGUGGGGACUCCAUUAGAUUGCAAGAACAAAACGCUAGGAAGGCAAAAGGAGCGUGUCAAGACAGAGGGAGCUGGCCAGGAAAUUUUCUUUUCUUUUCUCUUAGUAACAACUUCAAGAAACCUUCAUGGCUCCUCUAUCUCUCUUAUCUCUAUAAAGAAAUCUUCACUGAGAUCAUCACCACCAAAAGACGCCAAGAAAAGAUACAGAGAGAUAUCUUAGUUUCUGUUGCUUACUUACCCCCACCAAGAACCACUGAAUUAUAAAGUUACAUACCACCACGCACCAAUGCUGCUUCUUAGAAAUUCCUUAUCCAACACCAAAAAGUUCUUCCAGAAAUCCCUAGAAAGCUUCAAGUCUUUAUUUUCUGGUGGUUCUUACCAGAGGAUGCCCAAAACCUCCCCUUAUAAUAAUCCAUGUUCUUACAGUCAUCUCGCCACCGAUAUGAAUGUCCAAAGAAGCUUCAACACCAAAGAUUUGGACACGUUCUACAAUGACUUCAACGACCGGUGGGACACCAGUGAGGGGAAAGCAAAGAGAAGAAGCAAGAAGAAAAGAACACCACCAUCAUCACCAAUCAAACAAGAAAAUGAUGAGCUAAAGGGAAGUUUCAUGAAGUUUUCCAAGGCAAUUCCUGUCAAGGAUUAUCAGAUAAAAAGAGGAGAGGACUACAAUUAUAAUCAUAAAAACAAAGUGAAGGAUUUUCACGCAGGGAAAAGAUGGCAGGAAAAUAGUUCAAAUUAUAAGGAUACAAGAGAUCAGGGAAGGGGUUGGUUGGUGGCACAGAAGCUAAAAGAGCUAGAGAUGAUGGAUAUUAGCAAUGUGGAUCAUGUCCUGGACGUAGAAGAGGUUCGCCAUUAUUAUUCUCGCCUGACUUGCCCUGCCUAUCUGGACAUUGUAGACAAGUUCUUCAUGGACAUGUACGCAGAAUUCUUUGGUCCACCUAGAUCCCCACGCAGUGUGAAUUCCAGGCAAAUUAGGCUGCCUUCACAGAGAUCAUAGACUUUUCUCCUUUCAUGGAGAGCAACUGGGAAUUUCUGAUAAUAUUUCAGGUUGUCAUUAAUUUUUUUUUUUUUCAAAUAUUUUCCCUUCCAUUCCCUUUUCUCUUUUUCUGUUUAAUCAUCAAUUAAUUAUCAUAUUCUCUCUGUUCAUA